GUCUGCAUCUCCGACACUCACAGCCGCGUCCCGCCAUCAAACUCAAUACCCGACGGCGACGUCUUCAUCCACUGCGGCGACUUAACCGCCCACGGUAAACUUUCAGAGGUGGAAGAAACAUUCGGUUGGAUCGAAGCGUUACCGCACCCUGUCAAGAUCGUCGUGGCGGGGAAUCAUGAUUAUCCGCUUGAUAGGAAGUGUCAUGGGGCGAAUGGGCAUUAUAGGAUUAUUCGGGCUGGGACGAGAUGGGAGGAGGUCGAAGAGCUCGUAGCAGGCUUGAAGGAGCGGGGGAUAACCUACCUGUGUCACGAAUCAACAACACUCCACAUAAACGGGAAACCCUGGAAUAUCUUCGGCUCACCCCGCGUCCCCCUCUUUGGUUCCUCUGCCUUCGCAUAUCCCAAAUCCGAACCGAACCCAUGGACCCUAGUUCCAACCAACACAGAUAUACUCAUCACGCAUGGCCCACCACAUGGUCAUCCGAAACCGAAGGGGAGACAUGGCUGUCCAUUGUUGGAGAGGGAGGUGCUGGAGAGGGUCAAGCCGAAGUUGCAUUGUUGGGGGCAUAUUCAUGAUGAUUAUGGGGUUGAGGUCUUUGAGUAUGGGGAAAGUGGGAAGGGGAAGGGCAAAUCGUCGAAGUCACCCAAGAAGGGAGUGGUG